AUGUUGCAUGUCUGGAAAGCUUCGGGAGAACUCUUGCUUGCCACGGCAGUGGAAGAUCAUUGCGAUGUACGCACUCUAAAGCGGCAGCUUCACAAGUUGAGCGGGGUACCUCGAUUUCGACAAAGGCUUCUGAAGGACGGCACCGUCCUUGAGGAUGCGGCCAAGCUGGAUGGGCCUGCUGACUUGCAGCUAUUACUGCUGCCAUUCUGCAGCACAACCUACGAACAAGUGAUCCAGCUGCAUAAAGCGGUUGAAAAUGGCGAGGUGUCCGUGCUCGAACAAAUUCUGCACCGACCACAAAAUCCAGAUCUACAGCUGGAAGACGGGUCGGACUGGGACAGGGAUGAGGAUGGCAGCCAUUUAGAUAAUUACCGGAGCGCUCCACUGACUGUUGCAUCUGGCGCCGGUGCUAUGGAGCUUGUGGAGCUGCUCCUUGAAGCCGGCGCAGACAAAGAUGGCCUCUUUGAGCUGGAUGAUUAUCGCGCUUUCACUCCUCUUUGUGCUGCGUGUGACUGCAGCCUGGAGAUUGUGAACUUACUCUUGAAGUCAGGAGCUCAGCCAAACGGGAUUUCCAAGAAAGGUGCCGCAAAACCUUUGUGCGAGGCCGCCAGGGCUGGCUGUCUGAGCAUUGUCCGCACACUUCUCGAGGCUAAUGCUGACAAGGAUGCCACCGACGGAUCAGGGGAGACUGCCCUUUGCAAGGCAUCGCGAAAUGGCCACUUGAAUGUCGCAAGAUUUCUUUUGGAAGUGGGGGCCGACAUAGAUGCCUUGUCUGAGGUUGGCAGAGAGAUUUCUUGGCGGGGUGGUGGUGCAGCGCCAAUUUCGGCAGCAUCACAAGCGGGCGAUGUAGAUAUGGUUGGUUUUCUAUUGUCAGCUCAUGCAUUUGUAGAGACACGCAAUACAAAGUGUGAGACUCCACUGUCGACGGCAUCUUACCACGGGCAUUUGGAGAUAGCGCGUUUGCUUCUGAAUGCAUUGGCUGAGCCGGAUGUAUUCGAUAAACUUGGCCGAACUCCUCUGUGCGUUGCAUGUUGGUCUGGCCACCUAUCUGUGGCAGCUUUGCUUCUAGACGUUGGUGCUGACAGGGAUGCCUUCGAUGAACAUGCAGCGGAAGAUCAUUUUCGUCUGAAGGACAUUGAAUGGUGGGUUCAUGCUACACGUCGAAGCUCCCCCGUUUUGGGGAGCCCUCUCUGGGUGGCGGCAUGCCGCGGCGACGUGGACAUCGUGCGUGUGCUUUUGUCUGCUCGCGCAAAUACUGAGGCGAAAACUCGUCAUGGCGAAACCCCCCUCCUCGGAGCAUCGCGAGAAAGCCGCAUUGAAAUCGUGCAGUUGCUCUUGCGAGCGGGCGCCUGCACGGAUGCUGGUGAUGAUCAUGGUGAGACCCCUUUGUGUGCAGCAUCAGCCACCGGCAACCUGCGUGUCGUGCAGCUACUGUUGGAGGCUGGCGCAGACCUGACCCUUCCCAACAACAGGGGUGAAACGCCUGAUCGCGUAGCAGCAAAUGCGGGCCAUGCGCAGGUUUGCUGCAAGUUGCUGAAACGCAAGUCUAGAGUUGCUGAUUCCCCGCAACUCGAGAUCAGCAAGCGGCAGAAAAGUGUUUGCCGGAGAGCCUACAUGACACCAAGAGUGAGCGACAGCCGCCACAGAGGCUUCAUAGAGGACAUCAACAUACUCGGCACCACGCGCGUGGUGCGCCACGCUGUGCCGCUGCUCAA